GGCGGCGGCGGCGGCGGCGGCGGCGGCGGCUGCGGCGGCGGCGGCUCUCAUUCGAAAGCAGCGCGUGGAAAAAGUCGAGCCGAGGAGGUGCCGAAGCGACAAUGGGCUCGAAAGUCGAAUACGUCGAGUCGUCGCACAUGUACGCGACGAACUACAUCAGGAACUCCAAGGCCAUUGGCGUCCUUUGGGGGAUAUUCACCAUAUGCUACGCCAUCAUCGGCGUCGUGGCGUUCAUCACACCCGAAUGGCUCGGGGAUCUUGAGCACGAGAACCCCGGCAGAUUCGGACUGUGGAUGAGGUGCAGCUUCGGCGGAACCGGUGAACUCCUGGAGGAGUGCGUCGGUCGUCUGGAUGAUCUAUCUACAAUCGCCAAUGUGCCAUUCAGGGUUAGCACGAUCUUGGUCGCGAUAGCGGUGAUAAUCGCCCUCGCAUCGAUCUGCGCCAUGUUGCUCUUCCUCUUCUGCCAGAGUACCACCGUCUUCUACAUAUGCGGUUGGAUGCAAGUGAUUUCCGCGGUUUGCAUGGCGGUCGGAGUCUGCAUCUAUCCACUGGGCUGGGAUUCGCCGCUUAUUCGCGCUAUUUGUGGCGCCACGGCCUCAAGGUACAAUCCGGGUGCGUGCGCGGUGCGAUGGGCGAUUCCAUUGGCGGCGAUCGCCGCUUUGGACUCUGCGACCUUGGCUGCCCUCGCUUUCAUUUUGGCGUCGAGACACGUGAAGCUGCAACCCGAGCCAUUCAACAACGGAUCGCUCUAUAAAGGGGAGGUGAACCCGGGCUACGUGAACGAGGCCCAGAGCGUCGCGGGCUCGCGCAAGUCUCUCUCACUGAGGCCGGUACUGCUGGUCGCGCCCCAGGAUCAGGAUCGCUACAGCGAAUUGUCGCGCGCCAAGUCGCACUCGCAUCAUAGCCUCUUCGCAGCAUCGCAGUCGCAUCCGGUCCACGCCAUGUCCACCAACACUCUCAAUCACUCGCAGCACAAUUUUCAGCUAUGAGGACCUGACGACCUUGUCGGUGGCACUGUUGUCCUUGGCACGGGACCUUGUAUUAUAUGAGGGUCGAUGGUAUUUAGCCGUCGGAUUAGGCGUACGAGCGGGUCGCUAGCGGCGAUUGUCCUGUAAUAAUUUGUUUAAGCAAUGCGAUCGAGGGCCUGUCGAUUGGAAUUUAUUGACUACGGUUCGGCCACAAUCACCUUUCAAGCGGGUCCACUCGAGCACGUAAUCACAGCAAUUUAGCGUAGAAGUACCCGUAGUCUUAAGCUCCUGAGAAGUUUGUUAUUUUAUUACAAUUGUUUGUCACGUUAAGUAAUAGGCACACUGUGACGAAUCAAACAACGCAA